CAAAGGAUCGCUUGUACGGCACAGGGGUGCGGACGGACGGUAACCAGUGCGGGCAACGGCCGUUAGGUAAGGACCGGGCUGCAGCUGUCAGGAUACGUAGCAGGGACGCGCCCGGAUGGCCCACAGCAGCAAUAACUACGAGGAGCUCGGGUUGAUCGGAACGGGAUCCUACGGGACCGUAUACCGGGCACGGGAUCUGAAAAACUCCGGCAACAUCGUCGCCCUGAAGAAGGUGCGCGUCGCUCUGACCGAGGAUGGCAUUCCGAUGACUACGUUGCGCGAAAUUUUCAUGCUCAAGCAGCUGGACACAUUUGGGCACCCGAACGUUGUGAAGUUACUGGAUGUGUGUCAAGGACAACGCCUGGAGCGAGAAGGAGCGCUGGUUUUGUUCCUGGUUUUCGAGCACCUGGACCAGGACUUGGCGGAGUACAUCAAACUGUUGCCACCGAAGGGAAUGCCAUUAAUGACCGUACAGCGCUUGGCAAAGGAAAUGCUCACCGGAAUCGACUUUCUGCACUCGCACCGCAUCGUUCACCGUGACCUGAAGCCGCAGAAUCUCCUCAUCUCGUCCGACGGACACCUGAAGCUGGCAGAUUUCGGACUGGCAAAGACGUACGACUUUGAGAUGAAACUCACGACGGUGGUGGUCACGCUGUGGUACCGCGCACCGGAGGUACUGCUCGGCGAAGCGUACAACAGUUCCGUGGACAUCUGGAGCGCCGCCUGCAUCAUGGCGGAAAUGUUCCAACGGAAGGCCCUCUUCCCCGGCACGGCCGAAGGUAACCAGCUGGAGAAGAUAUUUGAGUUAACCGGCCGCCCAUCGGAAGCGCAAUGGCCACGGGGAAUUUCGAUCGUACGAGAAAACUUUCGUCCCACGAAGGCGCGAGAACCGCGAGAAUUCUGCCCGAACCUGUGCGAUGACGCCAACGAUCUCCUGAAAACCAUGCUCGCUUUCAACCGGUACGACCGUCCGUCCGCCCGACAGUGUCUGAACCAUGCGUACUUCACGCAGGAACCGAUGCCAAUGUAGGCAACGCAGAAAAGCACAGGUCACCGCGCUCUGGGGACCGCCACUAAUCUUACUUAACAUCGUAAGGGGGGGAACCGCGCCGGUGGGGAAAGCGACCCCGCCGUUUCACAACUAUACAAAGGAACUAAACCGCAAGAAGGAUCACAAUCAGCUCAACCGAAACCACCCAAUAGACUGUAGUUAGGAAACCGACUGCCAGAUGAAAUUUACAUAGAUUUUAUACAUACAUACACACACACACACACACACACACCCACCAGUUCUGCCUUACUGCCAUAGUUUGCGCGAUAUUGUUAGAUUGUAAGUUGGAACGCAAGAUUUCGUGGGUCAGAUGAUUUCGUUCGCAUACCGUUUCGUGGGGGGCCACGAAUGUGAAUUAAGGAACGUUUCGCUGUUACGUGUCAAUCAGAUUUCAAACCACACCGUUUCAUAUCGUUUAGUGCUAGGACUAUUGUCUUAUUGUGUGCAUUUAAACAUAGCAUUAGAAAAAGGAA